AUGGACACUUCAACAACUCCGAGCGUACAUAUCAAUGAAGCCGGUGAGGACGAGUUCAAGAUAGACGUAUACUCGGGGUGGGCGCUGCCGCCGGAGGACGUGAGGCCGCGGCUCAAGAAGUUGAUGAAUGAUCUCAGAUCGGAGUUCGGUGGACCGGAAUUUGAGCCGCACGUGACCGUGGUCGGAGCCAUUAGCUUGACGGAGAGCGAAGCACGUGACAUGUUUAACAAGGCGUGCGAGGGGCUCAAGGCAUAUAAAGCUACUGUAGAGAAAGUUGCCACUGGGACUUUCUUUUAUCAGUGCGUUUUUCUUUUGCUUCAGCCCACGCCUGAGGUAUUGGAGGCUAGCGCUUACUGCACCAGUCAUUUUGGUUACAAAAACUCAACACCUUAUAUGCCACAUUUGAGCCUCCUAUACGGGGACCUAACCGACGAGGAGAAAAAGAAGGCUGAAGAGAAAGCUAAUGUGCUCGACAAGAACAUCAGCAAUUUGAGCUACCAGAUAUCUCGCUUCGCAUUGUACAAGUCUGACACCAAGGACAAAAGUUGCAAAUCAUGGGAGAAGGUGGCUGAAUGCGAACUCAAGCCUAACUAG